AUGGAUUUGGAGAUAGAAGAAGAAAUGAGAGACAUCAAUUUAGGUGAUGAUAGGUUGGAAGUGGAAGCGGAAGAUCUUCACCCCGAAAUUAUUAAAAGAAGGAAAGAAGCAACAAGUAGAUUUUGGACAAGAUUGAGAAUUAAAGAGAAUAUGUAUGUUCAAAAAUCUAGAUUGAGAUGGCUUAAAGAGGGGGAUUCCAAUAGCGGUCUUUUUCAUAAAGCUAUGAAGGUUAGUAGAAAUCUUAAUCACAUCGGCCCGAUUAAUUCUUCUAGUGGCAUGUUAGAGUCGGUGGAAGGGAUUAAGGAGGAAGUUUUUCAUCAUUUCUCAAGUAAAUUCGGUGGUAUUGAUGACGGUCAUUCUAGGCUUGACGGGAUUAAUUUUGAUUGCAUUAGUGAGGAUGAAAAAGGUUGGCUUGAGAGAGAGUUUCAAGAGGAGGAAAUUUUGGAGGCUAUAAGGUGUUGUGAUGGUUCUAAGAGUCCGGGUCCGGAUGGUUAUUCCUUUCUUUUUAUUAAAAAGUGUUGGCCUAUUUUGAGAAGGGAUUUUUUGAGGUAUUUUCAAUAUGUUUACAAUGGAGGAGACUUGUCUAAGGCCGAUUUGUUUGGUGGGGUGUAUGUACAAAGUGGUGGCAAACUAUUGGCGGGAAGAUUGAAACAUGUGUUGAAUUCGGUAGUCUCGCAUUGUCAAAGUGCGUUUGUUCCGGGUAGACAUUUGCUUGAUGGUGUUCUAGUGGCUAACGAGGUGGUUGAUUAUGCGAGAAAGGAGGGAGGUCAUUGUCUUCUUUUCAAAGUAGACUUCGAAAAGGCGUAUGACAAAGUAUCGUGGAACUUUCUUCGAUAUCUUUUGGUCAAAAUGGGUUUCGGAGCUAAAUGGAGGAAGUGGAUGGAAAUAUUGAUUUUCAAGAGCAAUAUGUCGGUGAUGGUUAACGGUAGUCCAACAAAGGAAUUCGUUGUUAAUAGAGGAUUAAGACAAGGAGAUCCGUUAUCUCCUUUUCUUUUUGUUUUGGUGACGGAAGCUCUUACGAGACUAGUUAGGAAAUCUAUUGAGAUUGAUGAAUUUGAGUCUUUUGUUAUUAAAAGAAGAUGCGAGGUGGACAUUCUUCAAUUUGCGGACGACACUUUGUUGGUUGGAACGGGGACAUGGAAACAUGUAAAGGCUUUAAAGGUUGUAUUAAGAUCCUUUGAACUAGUGUCGGGUCUUGGUAUAAAUUUUCACAAAAGCAAGUUGAUUGGUAUUAAUGUGUCUCCUAUCUUUUUGGAUGCCGCGGCUUAUUAUCUUUCUUGUAGGGUGGAGGAUAGCAAUUUUUUGUUCCUUGGAAUUCCUAUCGGUAAAAAUCCUAGGAAGGAAGCGACGUGGGCUCCAUUAGUGGAGAAGAUGAAAAAGAAGUUAUCCGGUUGGAAGACUAGAUUCCUUAAUCUAGGUGGGAGGCUAACUCUUUUGAAGUCUAUUUUGAGUCCGUUAUUUAUCUUCACUAUGUCCUUUUACAAAAUGCCGGCUAGUGUGGUAAAGGAGAUAACGGCGAUUCAAAGCAAUUUUUUAUGGGGAGGUGGGGGAGAGAAACGGAUAAUACAUUGGGUGGGUUGGAAAGGCGUGACUCUUCCCAUCGCGAAAGGCGGAUUAGCGAUAAAAAAUAUUGCCGAAUUCAAUUUGGCUCUUUUGAACAAAUGGAGGUGGAGGAUAGUGCAAGGCCAUAAGUCAUUAUGGUUAGAUGUGUUAAAGGCUCGGUAUGGUGAUUUGUGCUUGCAAAUUAUGUGUGAUGGAGAUGCAUUCAAACUCGCUUCUUCUUCUUUUUGGUGGAGAGAUAUUUUAAAGGUUAGUUGUAUUUCUUCUAAUCCUUUAGACAUUGAUCCCAUAGUUUCGACUUGCAAUUUCAUUGUUGGAAAUGGUUACAAUACCCCUUUUUGGGAUUCUUGUUGGUUGAAUAAUUGCUCUUUAAAGGAGUCUUUUCCGGAUCUUUUUUUGGCUUCUUCUUUGAAAAAAGUUUCGGUAGCGGUUAUGGGUGGGUGGAAUAAUGGUAGUUGGAAUUGGGGGGAUCUUGGUAUUUCGAUGGUGGGUAGGGACGCGGUCUUUUUAGAUUCUCUUUCGGUGUUGAAGAAUUUAUUGGACUCUUUCGGUAGUUUAAAUACUUCCAAAGAUAGUGUGGUUUGGUCUUUGGAUUUGGAAAAAGGAUACACGGUUGCUUCUUGUUAUGGUUUGUAUGCUUCUAGGCGUAUCCCUUAUGGUCCUCCGACUAAGGGUGAGGAGGCUUUUAAUUUGUUGUGGAAAACGGAAGUUCUGUAUAAGAUAAAAGCGUUUGGUUGGAGGCUCUUUUUAAAUAGGUUACCUACCAAAGUUUCAUUGGCGCAUAGAGGUUUAGCUUUCACAAAUAAUAAUUUAAAUUGUAUUUUUUGUGAAGCUCAUAUGGAAGAGGUGGAUCAUCUUUUUUCUAAAUGCAUUGUGAUUAAUUUGGUUUGGAAUGAAAUUGCUUCGUGGGUGGGUUUUGCGGGUUGGAGGGAGGAAGAUUGCGCCACUUUUUUUGUGGAUUGGCAUUCCUUGAGUCGUGGUAAGAAGCUUAAUAGCGGCAAAUUGGGGGUGCUUUGGUUAGCCACAGUUUGGAUUGUUUGGUUAACUAGGAAUGCUUUUUGUUUUAGGGAGGAAGUGUGGAACAUAAAUAAUAUGGUUUGGAGUAUCAAAUUCCUCCACUCUGACUUUAGACUAUUGAACGAGUCCACAGAUGCACGUUUGUCAUCUUACAAUUCAAACAAUUCAAACAAGUCAUCACUCUUAUUCAAAGUUUUAAAUAAUGGUCACAACUCACAAUCAUGGAAAAGAUUUAUGGAAAUGCGCCUCAAAUUCUUAAGUGAUGAAGAUAAUGAAAACAUAUUUGGAGAUUGUCUGAUAAAAGAACCACAAAAGGCAAAAGGGAAAUUGGCAAAGGCCCCGAAGUCGAGGAGCGCCAAUUUUACAGAAGACGACAAAGUCGCGGGGUGUCGGUUGGAGAGCUAG